AUGUCAUCGAGGCAGCCGGUUGCCGGUGGCUGGAGAGCGAGUGCCGUGAGCGGCGAGGAUCACAGGCCCAGCGGCCAGUGCUUCAUGGCUGCCGACGGCCAGCUCUACUGGCAACCGACACCACAACGCGGCGCCGCCCCAAGGGGCAACAAGCAAGGACCGGGACCCCGCUUCACUGGCUAUGAGAAGCAGUACUCGCCUUAUGAAGAGUACUCCCCUCCCGCUGUGCCGCAGCGGCCCACGAAAAGUAGGAGGGCCAGUCGUCCAGUUCUCCGGGAGGCCGAGGAGAGCGGCGCUGGACCGGAGCCCAAGCAGCCGACCCCGACACCGUCGCGAUCAGAAAGAGGAAAGGAAGCCCCUGACUCAAGGCAAGGGGCGGCCAAGCCGGCCGAUCCCGCCCAUGGGGCACAGCAGCCCACAGCGGAGGCAGAGCCACGGAAGAGGAAGCCGUCGGUGUUGCUGUUCCUGGCGUGCUCCGUGGCGUUCAUCGCACUCGCCGUGGCGGUCAUCCUGGUGUACACCUUCGGCAGCCCCGCUACGGCGAGGCGCCUCAAGAGCCCGCGCUUCUGCGGCGACGUGCCUUCCUGGAGGACGAACCGCCUCAAGAAUGACUUCAUGAAGUGCUCGGAAGAGUCCUGCUCCAAGAUCGUGUGCGGACCGAUCAACGACACUUGGUGCCUGACUGGGGCUCCGCCAUUCGAGAACAAGUGCGCGUGCUGCGACUGGUGCAUCGUCCGAGACCUCGUCUGCGGCAAGCGGGCUCGGGUGAGCAGCGGCUCCAAUCCGUACGCUUCCUGCCAGGCCAGUCGCGGACGCCUCUGAAGAGCCACACGAGAGAUUGCCUACCUUUGGCUGACGCAUCUCAAUGCAAGACGUACGUUGCAGUAUGAAAGGUGAUUGGCAAGAAAGCUUCAAUCUUAUAUUUAUUUCUCCUGCCUUCAAGUGUAUUUUGCCGUGAAAAAGUAGAGCACCUUGCGUGCAC